UGAUACAGCGUUUGCACUGCCGUUGUCACUAAUUCAAACUGAAGAUACAUCUCGAAAUAAAUAAGGCUUAAUUAUUAAGGUAUUACAAUUAAAGCAGUAGUACUAAAAUGUAAUUACAUAUGAAGUGUAUAUGUAACCAACAAAUGCUAUUAUUUUACAUUACUUUAAAACUUAACACUCGUUGUGCAACCCGUUGCAAAUAAAUACAAUCAAUUUAUUUUGUAUAAGGAAUUGUUCCUACCAACAAACCUCAUCAGUCCAUCUCCUCCUCCUUAAGAAGCUCCGCCUUUUUUCUCCUCCGCUUAAAGAGGUUCACUCGCCUCAACUGUUCAGAGUCAGACCCGCUCGAGCUCUGGCUGCUUCCAUUCGAUACAUGCAAGUGUGUUUUGAAAAUCAUAGUCAGAAAAACACAUGAACCUAAGUUGCUUUCUAUCCAACUCAACAAACUUCUUGUCCGUAUUUGUAGGGCAGUUUAAUUCCGUGUAAUCAACUGGAUUAAAUUAACCUGUUAGCGUUAUUUGUUUUAAAUUGUAUCCUCGAGACAUCGGGCGCUGCUGCGAGAGCGUCCAGCGCCGCCGGUGGUACUGUGGCUCUGUCCCCAGUUUGACAUGAUCGAGGGUUAAAGCAGACAGACCUGACGAUCCCGUCGCUCCUGAACAGGUAACACAUACAGUUUGUGUAUUAAAAUGUAAGUAAUAUUCUAAUUGCACGUGCAUUCUUUCGUCACCAUGUGCAUGUAUAUUUGAUGAAGUGUAUAUUUUAUUACAUGGAAAUAGAUUUCGGUGGGGGUUUGUGUUUGUUUAUGUUCACUAGCAUUCGCGUCCUUCCAAAGGUUUUCCUACAUUUUGUCGACAUUUCUUUUUGAUAUCUCGAAGAACCGGUGAAAACGUUUUAUGAGACUGUAGAUUUAUUGUCAGUAAACAAAACACAUGUCUUUAGACACAGAUGCUUCGCGUAUAGUAGCCUACUUGAUUUUACCUAUUGUUUAUAACAUUACAUAGUGUAAUUACACACUACCGUAUAUUUUAUUCACCAUUAUUGUAAACUUACAGCUAUGUAUAUAUAUAUGUAUAUAUAUGCAAAUUUAUUAAUUUACACAUUUAAAAUGCUUAUAUUUGCAAAAAAGGUAGAGCAUUGCAUUACGCAAAGGUCACGUCUUUAAUGCAGGAAAAAACACAAAUGUAUAAAUUCAAUGUUUUGGUUCAAGACAUCUGCUAAUUGUAUGUUAAUGCUAUAUUACAGAGCUGUGUUGCCCAAUAAUUAAUAGCUAAUGUCAGCACAGGGCUCCUGGCUUGUGUACUUCACAGCUGUGGCCCAUUUAAAUGCAUUACCGGAUCGCAUCAGGUGUGAUACAUCACUAUUGCUUGUGUGUACCUAAUGUAUUUAUCCCGGUUCGGACCUGCGUUGUACCUCCGUACAACAUUAGCAGAAACACAAUUAAAUUCUCCCUGGAGGGAUGCUGACAGCCGGCAGGGACCGAAGGGGACGUGUAUCGGUUACAUGGAAAUUCAGACUGAUUGGAUUUGAAUGUGCACCAUAUAGGCGACCAGAUGGUAGCCGAUGACAUUGACACACUUAGUGUUGACUCUGUGCCUGGUGCUCCACUCUUUGUUCAUUUUCCACAGGCAAUUGCGGCCAGGGCUGUUUACUUCUAAGUCUUUUCCUGCCGUUCCCCCCCUGCGUUUUUAUCGGCCGCCUUUGAACACCUGGUAAUGAUUAGACUCCUUUGCAAAUGUUCACAUUCCAUUCGGCUAGACAUCAGAGAGGCUUCCAGCGGGUUUUAUGUUGUGUUUGCAGAAUUACAUCAUCUUCACUGCCUUAUUGAGGUUUGGUGUGCUCCUCAUGGAUUUUUUUUGCUGAUAUUGAUCAAAUCGCUUUUCAGAGGGAUGUCAGUCACAUUCUGUGAUAACAAAUGACAAGCUGUUCAAAGCCCUUCAGCAUCUAAAUUCUCAAGAGGGUUUAGAUGUGCUCUUUCACAUUUCUACUACGAUAUAAAUAAUAGUCUGAAUAAGUUGGCAGGCAUUACCUGUGGGUGAAUACCGUUUGCAUUUUUUCAUUAGCCAAUGGAACAAUCUGUGUGUCAGCUUUAACAAUUGUAUGCUUGUUUUCCUUGUUCAUCUAAUAUAUCUCUUUUCAGGAUUCAAUGAAAAUGUCUGUCUGCAUCCACGAGAACCGCAAGUCCCGUGCCAGCACGGGCUCUAUGAACAUCUAUCUGUUCCACAAGUCCUCGUACGCUGAUAGCGUGCUGAUGCACCUGAAUGCUCUACGCCAGCAGAGGCUCUUCACCGAUGUUCUGCUACAUGCCGGAAAACGUUCGUUCCCGUGCCACAGAGCCGUGCUGGCCGCAUGCAGCCGCUACUUUGAGGCCAUGUUCAGCGGAGGGCUGAGAGAGAGUCAAGACAGUGAAGUGGACUUUAGGGACUCCAUUCAUCCAGAGGUGUUGGAGCUCCUCUUGGAUUAUGCCUAUUCAUCAAGAGUCAUUAUAAAUGAGGAGAAUGCAGAGUCUCUUCUCGAGGCCGGUGACAUGCUGGAGUUUCAGGACAUCCGAGAUGCCUGUGCUGAGUUUCUUGAGAAGAACCUCCACCCAUCCAACUGUCUAGGCAUGCUGCUGCUCUCAGAUGCCCACCAGUGCACCCAGCUGUUUCAUCUGUCCUGGAGCAUGUGCCUCAGCAAUUUUCCUGCUAUCUGCAAGACCGAGGAGUUUCUCCAGCUGCCCAAGGACAUGCUAGUCCAGUUGCUGGCACACGAGGAGCUUGAAACCGAAGACGAACGUGUGGUCUAUGAAUCGGCGCUCAACUGGAUAAACUACGACCUUGAAAGAAGGCACUGUCAACUCCCUGAGCUGUUGCGUACUGUGCGUCUGGCUCUCCUGCCUGCCAUCUUUCUAAUGGAGAAUGUCUCCACAGAGGAGCUUAUCAUAGCCCAAGUCAAUAGCAAGGAGCUGGUGGAUGAGGCUAUCAGAUGCAAACUGCGCAUCUUGCAGAACGAUGGCGUCGUCAACAGUCCCUGUGCCCGUCCACGCAAAACCAGCCAUGCCCUUUUCCUGCUCGGUGGCCCCACGUUUAUGUGUGACAAGCUUUACUUGGUGGACCAGAAGGCCAAAGAGAUCAUUCCAAAGGCAGAUAUCCCCAGUCCACGCAAGGAGUUCAGCGCCUGCGCAAUUGGCUGCAAAGUGUACGUGACUGGUGGCAGAGGCUCAGAGAACGGCGUGUCUAAGGACGUUUGGGUGUAUGACACACUACACGAGGAAUGGUCCAAAGCAGCUCCCAUGCUCAUAGCACGUUUUGGGCACGGAUCGGCCGAGUUGCGCCACUGCUUGUAUGUUGUCGGCGGUCACACAGCUGGUACUGGCUGCCUGCCUGCUUCACCAUCUGUGUCCUUGAAGCAGGUCGAGCAGUUCGACCCGGUUGCGAACAAGUGGAGUAUGGUGGCCCCGCUACGAGAGGGGGUCAGCAAUGCCGCAGUUGUCAGCGUAAAGCUCAAGUUGUUCGCCUUCGGAGGAACGAGUGUAGCCCAUGACAAGCUUCCCAAGGUUCAGUGCUACGACCCUGCAGAAAAUCGGUGGAUGGUCCCGGCUUCCUGCCCGCAACCGUGGCGCUACACUGCAGCUGCUGUUCUCGGCAACCAGAUCUUUGUAAUGGGCGGUGACACUGAAUUCUCAGCUUGCUCUGCCUAUAAGUUCAGCAGUGAGACUUAUCAGUGGACUAAGGUGGGAGACGUUACGGCAAAGCGAAUGAGCUGCCAGGCGGUGGCUUCAGGGAACAAACUGUAUGUAGUGGGCGGUUACUUUGGUACACAGCGCUGUAAAACGCUAGACUGCUACGACCCCACGUUGGACGCCUGGAACAGCAUAACUACCGUACCUUAUUCAUUAAUUCCCACUGCCUUUGUCAGCACUUGGAAGCACCUCCCAGCCUGAUGCAAGUCUGUUGUCCCCUCUGUGUCCCUACUAUUUCAAAAGAGUUUCUUGAAUACCUGGGUCGUAUUGUCUACUGGAUUCCAACUGUGAAGAAGUCCUUUAACCGUCCUGUGCAAUUUUAUCAAGACAUUUUUACUCAAACAGUGAUGUAUACAUACGUCCAGUCACAACAAAGCUUUUUCAACUACAAAUUCACCAAAAUCUUUCCUGCUUCGGAAGCAGCGUGCAUUCGUUUUGUGGAGAACACAGGCUUCACCUUGAAAACCAAAAGAACUGCGUUGCAUCUCAGCAUAACCAGCGUGUUCAUCACACUUGGCCCCCAUAUUUGUGUAUUUUCACUGUUUUUGUACAAUGUUGAUGCAAGCUACAAUAGACUCGAAUGCCUGUCUCGAUCGUAUACUGCAUGAUGGACGGUUGGAAUGCUUUUGGGAGAUCGAGAAUAUCAACGCAUGAUUGCAAAUAUUAAGACUGGAAGAUGAACAACGUCCCCUUUCUCCUGGACAAUUACCUCACUUGCUGAUGUGUCUACCUUCUCUUCCCCACCACAGUUUUAAAAAUUGAUUCUGCUCAAAAUAAAAUGCCGAGGCAUAAUAUGAACCUUUACUGGACUGUGUUGAAUUUCAGAUUAAGCUGAAUGAAAGAUGAUCAAGCCUUUUUUAUUACAGAUCUGUUCUUCACGCCUCUGAAUGCUGCGAUCUUCUUGUUGAACAGACCUUAGCAGCUUGGUGUGAAAAUGUACAUGGGUCCAAAGGUUCAUCCACCAGCUGUGUUUAUGUGACUAAGUGGGUGUGAGAGGCAUGUCCUGGCAUGUUAGUCUGAGUAAGGACCCUUUUGACCCCACUGAGCCCCUUCCUACAACUACCCAUCACCCACUACAGUAAAGCCUGACAAACAGCAUGAGCAUACCCCCCGAGAACAACAAAAUAACAGUAGAUUCUGAUGACUGAUGGACUUGAGUUUCUCCAGUCGCUCAAGACACUUUUGCUUUGCCUGUUCUAUUCUAAGCAUAUGCGGUCACAGCAAACGUGAACGACAGAAGGAGAGAAAAAGAGGUGAGAGUCAUUUCGUCACCUUGCGAAGGAAUGCAGUCUCUAUGGCAAAGUCAACGAAAAAACUGUAAAUUUAAAAAAAGGAUAACGUGCAAGAAGAAACUGGUUGUCUUAAAAUAUUUCAGUGUCUGUAAUUAGUCGUAAUUUAUGAUUUUUAUGCUUUUGUUUGAAUCAUUGUGUACGAACAAUAUUUUUUGGUAUUUAUUGUUUUUUCUGCUUGCGUACAUGUUUGGAUGUAGCAAAGAUAGCAGGUUUUUGUAUUGCGCAUGGCUCGAAAUGCUCUAUUCCCGCUGCUCUUUUGCACAUUUGCGUGAGGUGAUUUUGACUGGGCGGGUGGAAUUUGUAGCGCUCAUCUGAACAAAUCCAAGGAGGCUUGGGGGUCAUAGGUUAUUGACAGGAUAAGAAUGGGCCGAAUGACAUCACUGGUUCAGAUUACCCAGGGUGCAGUGGAUGGGAGUUAUAAAGGGAUUGUUCAGACAGCUUUGUCGACGAGAUAUUUAGGAAUUUACUAUUUCUGAACUCUAGACAUUUGAAUACAGCCCAGAUGAUUCUAAUGUGUCAAAAUUGAUUUACACUUUACCCUGUUCUGGUAGUGUAUUGAAACAUUAUAUUUGUAAAAGUAGACAAUGGAUUUAAGUUAGUUUUUUAGUUAGUUUUUUACGUGUACUGUCCCUAUCCCCAACCUCUAAAUAUUAUUAUAGCUUGUUGUCCAUUACAAGAGGUUUUGACUAGUGCCCAAUGCCAAACUCCAUAAUGGAACCCCUUUAACCCUGCUAUGUGUUAAUCACAGUCAAUACCAAAACUCUAACUGACCCAGGGUCUCUGGGUUGUAAGCGCCUGUAAAGCUAUCAAAGGAAUGUGGCAUCCGCAGCUGCUCCCAGAACAGCUGGUACUGUCACCGGCAUGUCGUAAGUUUGACUGUCCCUCACAUUUUAGCGUAGCAUUAAAGGGCUAGUUUGUCCAAAAAAAAAUGGGUCAUUUAUUCCCCCUCAUGUCAUUCGAAACCUGUGGAAGUCAAUGUGGCCCAAUGUAGUUUGGUUUCUUUUGUGUUUUGCAGCAGAAAGAACGUCAUACAGGUUUGGAAUGACAAGAAAUUGAGUAAUUGAUGAAAGGAUUUAUUGUUAUACGAACUGUCCAUUUAAUAGCAGCCAUCUUGCUGAAUAUGGGUUGAUGUUUAAUAACAGAAGAUAGUUCUGCAGUGCUUGGUUUUGUUGCAGCUUCCACCUAUUACAGUCUACAGCUAUAUGCUGUUAAAUUGUGGUACAUUUAAUAAUGAUGAUGACUACAUUUGUAUUAUGACUAAGGUGCAUCGCAAAGGUUCCGAAAUACAGUUUUAAAGCGAUGGCUACAUAAGGGCAAAGACCACAGUGCUUUCACAGCAGUGCCAAACACACUGUAGACUUUAUCCGUCUGUUUCGAUUAUUUCAGAGCGAUGCAAAGACAGCCAAGGUUUCAAGCAAGGAUGAAAAACACCUCUAGCAAGUCGCUAUGCUAUAGCUGUUGUGACAGCACUGUUCUUAAUAUAGCUUUACAUUAAUGGACAUUCCGAAUGAAGUAUUCUAUGUUGUUCCAUUGUACAAUGACAUACCGUGCAAUCGCUAUAUAUAUUUAGUGUAACAGUUUUCUAUUGGAAAGACCUGUUUACACACACAAAGAGAGAGAGAGAGAGAUUACAUUGAGGGUUCACAUUCCUUGCACAACCUCCCCAGCAAAGUAGUUUCAGGAAAUUCUAGCUUACUGGGUUCAGUUUUAGCCUUUAGGGGUCUUGCCAUCCUUGACCCGCCCCCUUCCCCCGAAAUACCUUUUCACAAACAAAGCACAUGCUGACCUCCAACCAAUCAGAACAUGCUCUUACUCCCAUUGCAAAGCACAGUUGCCACAGUGAUGGUCAAAAAUCAUUGCACCCCUCUUCAUCUCAACUGGUAAUUUUCAAGUGUUUUGUUUUUCUUUUUCUCGCGCUCUAACUCUUAUACCCUCCUUCCCUCUCUCCUGAACAAAAGUGAACAAUUUGGAGGUGACUCACAGGUCCGUGUGCAUUGAGAACACUCUUAAACGCUGUAUGCCUUCACAAACAGAAGCAUUGCUAAAACACUGUCAAUGUUGGCUGUACUGUUGUUUCCGUGAAUGUCUUUUUUCAUUUCUUUAUGUGUCGUAUUAUAUUAUGGUAUUGUUGUUUUAUCUCAACCACAGCGGUUAACAUUAUUUUGUACAAGUGAUUUUUUUCACAAUGUGAAAUUCAUGGCUAAAUAAAGAGUUUUUCCUCUU